AUGCGUCUUACUACCGCUUUGGUCACCAUUGCCUCGGCUAUCGUCCUGGCUUGCUCCACCUCGCAGGUCGAGGCUGCAACCCCUGUUGUUGCUGGUUACCUUCUCCUCAACCCCCAGAACGGCCCUGCCAAGCUCAAGGCUCUCGCCGACAAUGCCGCCAACAUCCCCAUCAACCGUAUCUUCCUCUCCUUUGCCCGCCCCGGUAUGGUCUACGUCCCUGGCUCCAAGACCCUUGCCGACGUCGGUCUUGCCUAUGGUACCUCGGGCGAUUAUGGUUUCGCUGACCUCAAGACCCGUGUUGCUCAAUUGACCGCUGGCGGUGUUGAGGUCUUCCUGUCAGUUGGAGGUUGGAACUAUGGAUGCUUCCCUUUCCUCUACACCUACUACUCGGUCGGAGGUUACGGAACUUCCACUCCCAACUACUACAAGAUCCAGGACAACGGCGGCACCCUUGCUGGAUGCACUGAGGCCAACAUGUGGUGUUACACCUGCGAGCCCAAGAGCGAGAACACCGUUCUUGCCGACUUUGACAUCUUCCCCGAGCCCACCAACUCGACCACCUGGAAGAGCGCUCAGAGCUACGUUAUCUCCACGGCCGGAGCUGCUGCCCCUGUCUUCCACCCCGAGAUCGUCCCAGGUCGCAGCUGGACCGACCCUGUCACCAAGCAGACUGUCGUCGUCCCCGGAAGCGACGCCUUUGUCAAGCAGAACCGCGACCCUUACCAGGAUCUUGUUUACUUGGCCAAGGAUCUCGGCCUCACCGGUGUUGAUAUCGACUACGAGGAGAUGUGGCACGCCGACUAUCUGCGCGCCGGUCCUACCACAGGACCAUGGACUAACGAGCAGACGACUUACAAGUACGCUGCCAUCAUGCAGGAUGUCCGUCUGAACAUCCUGGCCAUCCAGCCCAGCUUGAUGCUCGCGACCGCAGCCUCGGCUGCUGGUGGUCUCUCGACCCCCUGGUGGGGCGGAAACCUCAAGAACAUCUGGUACUUUGUCAACAAGUGGUACCCCGACCUCUACGCCUUCAUCGCCAACACCGGAGGAAUCAAUGUCAUGACCUACGAUCUCUCCAACAACCAGGAGUUCCACGAGUGCCCCGACGCCAGCACUUGCUCCCUCAGCCAGCAGGUCAACUACUACAUGAAGUCCUAUGCCGACAACAACAUGCUCGCCCAGGUUGGAUACGAGAUCGGUAUCCCUGCCUACCCCGCCUCGGACCACGACCCCACUCACCAGCUGCCCCUGAUCCAAUCUGAGCUCACCAGCAUCUUGAACGUCCAGGGUGCCAAGGGUGGUUUCUUCUGGGAGCUCUACAAGGCUGCCGGCACCUCGGCCAACGUCGACGUCACCUCGGCUGCCCAGCAGAUCUGCAAGGCUGCCCUCGGAGCCUCGACCCCUCGCUGCGCCGGUGUCAUCCCCCAGCCCGGCGGUGUUGUCCCUACCUCGACCGUCACCGCGACCGCGACCGCGACCGUCACCGUCACCAAGACCGUCUCUUCCACCUCCUCGGCCCCCGUCACCACCACUACCGGUGGUGCCUCCUGCUCUGCUGAUGCCUGGAACGCCGCGACCCCCUACGCCGGCGGCUCCAAGGUCUCGUACAACGGCCGUCUCUACACCGCCCUCUGGUGGUCCCAGAACAACCUCCCCACCGCUGGUAGCCCCUGGUCCGACAACGGCGCCUGCAGCACCGGCAGCGCCACUGGCCCUACUCCUACUGCUACUACCGCCCCUGGUAGCUGCUCUGGCGUCACCACCUUCUCGAGCACCGAUGCCUACAGCGGUGGAGCCAAGGUCACCUAUGGCGGCUUUAUCUACACCGCCCAGUGGUGGACUCAGGGCGAGACCCCUGGCUCGGCUGCUGCCUGGGUCAAGGGUGCUGCCUGCUCGGCCACUCUCCGUCGCCGUCUUUACCAAUAG